AUGUAAUAAUAAUCUCAUUUAAUAGGUUAUGAAAUAAAUAUAUUUGAGAAAUUUCUUGAAUCUAUUGAAGAAAACGAAGAAAAGAUAAUUGAUUCAAAAUAUUAUUCCAUGCAUUUAGUUAUUAAAGGUUUAAUGAUAUUAUAGAUUUUUUAGGAUAAAAGUUAAAUCUUUAAGGAAAAUACAAAGAAUCAAUAGAAUAUUUUUACGAAGCCCUUGAAGUUGACCCUUAUAAUAAUAUUGCUUUUAUGAUUUUAGGAAAAAUAUUUCUUCAAGAUGAGGUAAAAUCUUACAUAAUUAUUAGGAUUUUGCUGAUGCAAUAUAUUAUUUUGAUAAAGCUAUCAAGUUAGAUCCAUAAUGCUAUAUCUUGCAUUUAUUAAAAGGUAAUUAAUAUUAAUAUAUAAAUAGGAAAUGCAUUAUUUUAUUUCGAUGAAUUUGAGGACGCUAUGAAAAGUUAUAACAAAGUUUUAGAAUUAGAUUCAGAGAAUCAUGUAGCAUUUUUUAAUAAAUGUAGAAUAUUUGUUAGUAACUUUUUAGGUGUUUGUUUAGAUAAGUUGUAAGAAUAUAAUAAAUCUUCAGCCUGUUAUGAUUAAUAUAUUUCUCUAUUUCCAUCAGAUAUGUAGCCAUAUCUUAAUUAAGGUAUUUAAGAUUUACAGAAUUAAAGGUAUAAUGCUAGCAAUGUAAAAUAAUAUCGAAGAAGCCCUUACUUAUUUAGAUAAUUUUUUUGCUUUUGGUGGAACGAAAGAAAUAGCCUAUUACCUUAAGGGUUUGAAUUAUUUGAUUUUAUAGGAAUGUGUUUAAAAAUCUUAGAGAGAUAUGAAGAAGCCUUGCCUUAUUUUGAUUAAGCAAUAAAUCUAAGUUCAAAUUUUUCUUAAGCCUACGUUGCUUAAGGUUUGAUUUAUAUAAUCAGUAAUAGGGAGUGUGUUAAGCUAAUUACAGAGAUAUGACGAAGCUAUUAUAAGCUUUGAUAAAGCCUUAAAUCAUGGAGAAGAAGUAGAUGCUUAUGAAUAUGGUAUGAAUUUUUAUUUUAGCUUAGGAUCUGCACUAUUUGGAUUGGGAAAAUAUGAAGAGGCAAUAAUUUAAUUUGACAAAGCUAUAAUAGAAAAUACAUCAUGUUCGAAUACUUAUUACUUAAAAGGUAUUUAGCUUUAUUUUCAAUUUUAGGAUAAGCUUUAUUCUAUUUAGGAAAUUUUCAUUAAGCUAUAGUUUCAGUAGAUUAAGCUAUUAAUCUUAGCCCUUAAAACUUAGAGUUUAAAAUUUACAAAGGUACUUUAGAAAUUAUUAAUUAAGGCAAUAUUUUAUUUACUUUAAAACUAUAUGAUGAAGCUCUCUAAAUAUUUGAUGAAAUAAUUGAAUAAGAUUUUUAGAGUGUGAAAGCCUAUUAAGGCAAAGGUUUUUUUUUUCUAAUUUUAAGGAUUAAUAUUAAAUAUGAUGAAUAAAUAUGAGGAAGCAAUGAAAUAGUUCGAUAAAAUUAUAGAAAUAGAUCAUUAGAACCCACUUGGUUAUUCUCUUAAAGGUUAAAAAACUAUUAAUUAUAAGGACUCACCUUAGAGUUCUAACAACAAUAUCAACACGCACUAGUUUAUUUUAACACUUCGAUUUAAAUGGAUCCAAAUUCAAGUUUUUCAAAUCACCAUCUAGGUUAUAAUAAAUUUCUAUUUAUUAGGGUUGUGCUUAUAUCAUUUACACCAAUACUAAGAGGCAACAGAGUUCCUAUAAAAAGCAAAAAUAUAAGACUCAAAAUUUCCAUAUAUAUAAUUAUAUUUAGGUAUUUUAAGUAUUUUUACUCUUAGGACUUUCAUUAUUUGAAUUAUAUCGAUAUGAAGAAGCUUUAUUAAACCUUGAAAAUUUUAUAAAGUUUAUUCCUGAUAAUCCAAAAGCACAAUUUACUAUUGGUACAAUACAAAAUUAUAAUUAUAGGUAGGACUUUACUUGAAUUAAAAGAAUAUUAAAAAGGUGUGAUCCAUUUUGACAAUUCUAUAAAAUUGGAUCCAAAUAAUGUAUUUGCAUACCUUUAUAAAGGUAAUUAAUUAGAUAAGAUUUUUUAGGAAUGGCUUUAUUUAAUUAAAAGAAAUAUCUCAAAGCAUUAAAAUGUUAUAAUUAAGUACUAAAAUUAGAUAAAUAAAACUAAGUUGCAAAUUGUUAAAGAGGUAUUACAAUAAAUAUUUUUUAGAUAUAGUUAUAGAUUAAUUAUUAUAAAAUUGUGAUUUUAUAGAUGACUUUAAAAUUUCUUUAGCUUGCUUUGAUGAAAUAAUUUCGACUGAUUCUAAAAUAAGCCUCGCAUAUUUCUAGAAAGGUUUAUCUAAAAUUGUAUAAAAGGUUUGCGAUUAUUUGAUCAAAAAUAUAAUGAAGAAGCGCUAUUUUAAUUUGAUUUGGCAAUUAAAUUUGAUCCAAAUUUUGAUUAAGCCUAUAAUUAUAAAGGUUAGUGAUAAAAUUCAUAAUUUAAGGAGUUAUCUAGAUAUAUAUAAGUAGCAUGAUGAUGCUAUCAAAUUAUUUGAUAAAACUAUUGAAUUAAAUCCAACACACUAUUUGGCUUAUUUUAAUAAAGGUGAAUUCUUAUUUGUAGUUUUAGGAACAGCAUUACUUUAAUUAAAUAAAUUUAGAGAAGCUCUUCCUUAUUUUGAUAAAGCAAUUGAAAUCAAACCUUUUGAUAUUAUGGCAUAUAUUAAUAAAUGUAGUUUUUAAAUCUAAUUUUAGGUCUUGCUUUAGAUAAAUUGUAGCAAUAUGAGGAUGCAAUUGUUUGUUUUGAUUAAGCUAUUAAAAUUUUUCCUAAGAGUAGAGAUCCAUAUUUUAAUAAAGGUUAUAAAUUACCAUUAAUAAUCAUAAGGUGUGACUUUAUUUAAUUUGAAUAAAAUAUAAGAAGCUUAUGAAUGUUUUGACAAAGCUUCAUAAUUAGACCCUAACCAUAGAAGAUCAUAAUUUGCUAAAUGUUAAUCUUAAAUAAUUAUUUUAGGUGAAACAUUAGAAAUUUUAGAGAAUUAUGAAGAAUCAAUUGCUUGCUAUGAUCAACUCAUAAAUUACAAAUUAUUUUAUGAGGAAGCAAUUUUAAAAAAAGGUAGAUUAAUAAUUAAUUUUUCAAGGCUAAUUGCUAUAUAAAUUAGAAAGAUACUAAGAGUCAAUCAAAUAUUUUACAAUUUAUUAAACUUUAAAUCCAGAAGCUCAAAAAAUUUACGAAUAAUUUUGUAAAAUUUUAGUCAUCAAAAUAGUUAAACCCUUAUUCGAAAACAUAACUGCAUCUGAAGAGUUGGAUUUUUGA